CACCGCAGCUACCGGGGGCCACUUGCCCGACCGCCCCCCACUCCGUCAGCGGGGCCCCCGAUGGCAGUGGGCACCUCCCCUUGAAACCUGCCAAGCUGGACGCCACAGCCCUGCACGACCACACCUCGGCCAGCUCCUCGACCCUCUCCGAGGCCUGCAGCCAUGAGGUCCCAGCCUGCGGCCCCGGCAUCCCUGAAGAGUGCUAUGUGAGCGAGGCUGCGGAAGAUGCUCCCAGCUGCAGGGACCUCCGGGAUGCCUGCACCAUCACCGACGUGUGCAACAGCACCGACCUUCCGGAAGUCGAGAUCAUCAGCCUGCUGCAGGAGCAGCUGCCCCACUACAGGCUGAGAGCCGACGCCAUCUACGGCUACGACCACGAUGACUGGCUGCACACGCCCCUCAUUUCCCCAGACGCCAACAUCGACCUCACCACCGAGCAGAUUGAGGAGACGCUGAAAUACUUCCUUCUCUGUGCUGAAAGAGUUGGCCAGAUGACUAAGACGUACAAUGACAUAGACGCAGUCACGAGGCUUCUGGAGGAGAAAGAGCGGGACUUGGAGCUGGCUGCGCGGAUUGGGCAGUCGCUGCUGAAGAAGAAUAAGACCCUAACAGAGAGGAAUGAGCUGUUAGAAGAGCAGGUGGAGCACAUACGGGAGGAGGUGUCUCAGCUGCGGCACGAGCUGUCCAUGAAGGAUGAGCUGCUUCAGUUCUACACCAGUGCCGCCGAGGAGAGCGAGCCCGAGUCUGUGUGUUCAACCCCGCUGAAGAGGAAUGAGUCAUCCUCCUCCGUCCAGAAUUACUUCCACCUGGACUCUCUGCAGAAGAAGCUGAAGGACCUGGAAGAGGAGAAUGUUGUACUUCGAUCUGAGGCUUGCCAGCUGAAGACGGAGACCAUUACCUACGAGGAGAAGGAGCAGCAGCUGGUGAACGACUGUGUGAAGGAGCUGAGGGACGCCAAUGUCCAGAUUGCGAGCAUCUCGGAGGAGCUGGCCAAGAAAACAGAGGACGCCGCCCGCCAGCAGGAGGAGAUCACACACCUGCUGUCGCAAAUCGUGGACCUACAGAAGAAGGCAAAAGCUUGUGCGGUGGAAAAUGAAGAGCUUGUCCAGCACCUGGGCGCGGCCAAGGAUGCCCAGCGGCAGCUCACGGCCGAGCUUCGUGAGCUGGGGGAGAAGUAUGCAGAGUGCAUGGAGAUGCUGCACGAGGCACAGGAGGAGCUGAAGAACCUGAGGAACAAGACGAUGCCCAACACCGCGUCCCGGCGCUACCACUCGCUGGGCCUGUUCCCCAUGGACUCCUUGGCCGCAGAAAUUGAGGGAACUAUGCGCAAGGAGCUGCAGCUGGAAGAGCCGGAGUCCCCGGACAUCACCCACCAGAAGCGUGUCUUUGAGACUGUGAGGAACGUCAAUCAGGUGGUCAAGCAGAGGUCGCUGACCCCUUCCCCCAUGAACAUCCCGGGCUCCAACCAGUCCUCAGCCAUGAACUCGCUCCUGUCGAGCUGCGUCAGCACCCCCCGCUCCAGCUUCUACGGCAGCGAUGUCAGCAACGUGGUCCUCGACAACAAGACCAACAGCAUCCUCCUGGAAACCGAGGCAGCCGACCUGGGGAAUGAGGAGCACAGUAAGAAGCCAGGCACACCGGGCACACCAGGCUCCCACGACCUGGAGACAGCGCUCCGGCGGCUGUCGCUGCGCCGUGAAAACUACCUGUCUGAGCGGAGGUUCUUCGAGGAAGAGCAGGAGCGGAAGCUGCGGGAGCUGGCUGAGAAGGGGGAGCUGCACAGCGGCUCGCUCACGCCCACUGAGAGCAUCAUGUCGCUCGGCACGCACUCGAGAUUCUCCGAGUUCACCGGCUUCUCCGGCAUGUCCUUCAGCAGCCGCUCCUACCUGCCUGAGAAGCUGCAGAUCGUGAAACCCCUCGAAGGUUCGGCCACACUUCACCACUGGCAGCAACUGGCCCAGCCUCAUCUUGGGGGCAUCCUGGACCCCCGUCCUGGUGUGGUCACCAAGGGCUUCCGGACUCUGGACGUUGACCUGGAAGAAGUGUACUGCCUUAACGACUUUGAGGAAGACGACACAGGUGACCACAUUUCUCUCAUGGGCCUAGCUACCUCCACGCCAGUUCAGCACCUGGGAACCUCAGGUGAGAGGUCCCGAGCACGUGUGGCUGUCUCAGGCACCAGAAGUCACCCCAGCCAGCCUCAGGCUGCCCCAGAGGAGAUGCAGAGGCCACCAGCGCCAGCGGGCCUGGAGGACGAGGAGGAGGGGUCUGCGCACCACCCUGGGAAGUGCAUGUCACAGACCAACUCCACCUUCACCUUCACCACCUGCCGCAUCCUGCACCCUUCAGAUGAGCUCACUCGGGUCACGCCAAGCCUUAACUCGGCCCCGGCUCCAGCUUGUAGCAGCUCCAGCCACCUGAAAUCCACACCAGUGGCCACACCGUGCACCCCCCGGAGACUGAGCCUGGCUGAGUCCUUCACGAACGUCCGAGAGUCCACAACCACCAUGAGCACGUCCCUGGGGCUCGUGUGGCUGCUGAAGGAGUGGGGUAUCUCGGCAGCUGUGUAUGACCCCCAGAGUUGGGAUAGGGCCGGCAGGGACUCCCUCCUCCACUCCUAUGCCCCUAGGAUGGCCGUGAUCCCAUCCACGCCCCCAAACUCCCCUCUGCAGACGCCUGUGGCCUCCCCACCCUCCGUAGAAUUCACAUGCACGAGCCCUCCCUACAGCAACUUCCUGGCCUCCAAGCCUGCAAGCUCCAUCCUGAGGGAGGUGAGGGAAAAGAAGCGCGUGCGGAGCAGCGAGAGCCAGACAGACGUGUCCGUCUCCAACCUCAACCUUGUGGACAAAGUCAGGAGGUUCGGGGUGGCCAGAGCAGUGAACUCAGGGCGAGCCCACAUCCCCACCUUGACUGAGGACCAGCCCACCCUGUGUGGAGCCACAGGGCCUGCACAGGCUCUCGUUCCUGGGGGCCCGCUCCCUGAGGGCCUGACUCUGGGGUGCCCCAGUGGCAUCCGGCGGAACCGCAGCUUCCCCACCAUGGUGGGGUCCAGCGUGCAGAUGAGGGCCCCCGUCAUCCUCACCUCAGGCAUCUUGAUGGGUGCUAAGGUCCCCAAGCAGAGCAGCUUGCGGUGAGGCCAGGGUCCUGCCUCCAGAUCGGCGUCUCCUGUCUGCUCCCUGCUUCCUGUGCCCUCGAGGACUGCUCCUGAGUUAGAUCAACCUUGUGCCUCGUGGGGAGAGUGGGACUCCAUGCAGUGUGUUCACAGGACGUGGGGACAGUGCGUCUGCUCUUCUCCAGUCCACAGGAAGCGACACCCUGCAAAGCUGCCCUCCCGUGCGGAUGCGCCUGAGCUCACGGGGAAGGUGGUGUCCUUCCUUCCUUCCUUCCUUUUAAGAAGCACUGAGAUUCCCAAGGCUGUUCCUAUCCCAUGGAUAGGGAUCUGGUGAAUUCUGCGGGCAGCCAGCAGAGCUCCUGGCCGGCAGGGAGCUGUUCUCUCUGUUGUCGGUGGCAUCACGCUCUGCGCCGCACUGCCCCGAUGGACUGUCCGUCCUUCUCUCCGUGUCUCCGACUUGAAGUCACCCGGGGUUUGUCAUCAGCUGCCGGGCACAGAGCCUGGCCUGAAAGAAUGUAUCUACACUCCAAUGCGCCACCAGGCAGCCCCUCUGCGUUCGGUGUGAUUGAUUUUUUUACAUUUUUAAACAUUUUGUUUGCAGGGAAGUCUCAGUGCUGGCACUUUUUCAUGAUGUUCUAUGACACUGAAAUGCAAAUGGCGCACACACUAAUUUGCUAAUGAUAUAGCUCAUUUCUGGGAACCAGAGUCACAGCUGGGUUGAUGUCUGACAGUUAUCCCUGUAAGGAUAGGAUCAAGGGGAAAGGGGACAAGAUCGUUAAAUCCGUACGCAGUGGAGGGGAGGAGCCGAGGCCGCCAGGGUACUCAGCAUUGCGUCCUGGGUCAAGGCGAGUCAGACCUGAUGGCUGCUCGCCCCUCUCCCCUGUGAAGGGAGCUCAGGCCCCAAGUUAGAGCUCUGUAGCCAUUCCCCGGCUGCAUUUAAUUGUUUCAAAAUCGGAAUAAGUUUCCUCCCCAACCCCAAGCCCAUGGUCUCCUCCUCCCAUUUCUGCCCAUAGGAAAAGAUCAAAGGUGCUUCUGACUGGAAGGCGUGUGAGCAAGUGAGUGGUCUGGGCCCGCCGCUGUCACCCGCUCAGUUGUGGACUUUUAUUUAUUAUCUGUGUGCUGUAUUUUAAUCGGAUGCCGUCUCCUUUCCAACUCUAGCCAGUGUGUGUGUGUGUGUGUGUGUGUGUGUGUGUGUGUGUGUGAGAGAGAGAGAGAGAGAGAGAGAAAUCCCAGCCCAGGCAUCUUAUUUAUUUACUUUUGUCUGAGGAUGGCUGUCCAUCUGUGUCACCUGUCCCAGGGAAGGAUAGCGUCCUGUACAAGAAGCUGUCACAGGACCCUCCCCACCCCAGCAAAACAUGUGUCUUUGCAUUGAGUGAGGGUUACCUUAUGUCCACCAGGGAUGCUUUGAGACGGUCCCCAAGCAGCAAGCUUCAGUCCCACUAUUUCAAACUAUUUAUUUUCCAAGCACGAGUGUGCUGGCUCAUUCUCCGCUCUCCUGUGCUGCCGGAGAGCACUCACUCCAGUAACGUACCUUUUUAUUUGAAUGUAUUUUAAAGCAGUAGCUAGAAUAGCAAAGGAAGAUGACAACCUUGGCUCUGAACGGACCGUGUCACGGGUUCCAGGAGCCGCCGUCUGCGCCGGAAACACCAUCGUCGACACGGCACUUCAUGUAGUUAGCAAACCGGCGAUCAGCACUGAGAACCACGCCCAGAAAGCGUGUUGGAAUGCAUCAAGAUCAAUAACAAUCUAUUCACUAAUGGACAUCAAUAAAACAAGCUCAAAGGAUGGACA